CAUGUUUAACGGGUUGAUGCUCAUAUUUACUUGUGGAAGUGGAAUGCAAAGAUUGUAAUAUCAGAUGUUGAUGGAACUAUCAGCAAGCCUGACGUUUUAGGCCAGUUUAUGCCAUUAGUUGGAAGGGAUUGGACACAAUCUGGUGUAGCUAAACUUUUCUCUGCUAUUAAGGAGAACGGAUAUCAGCUGCUAUUUCUCAGUGCACGAGCAAUUGUUCAGGCAUAUCUAACCAGAAGUUUUUUAAUCAACCUGAAACAGGAUGGAAAAGCUUUACCGAAUGGACCUGUUGUUAUUUCUCCCGACGGUUUGUUUCCCUCAUUGUACCGUGAAGUGAUAAGAAGAGCACCUCACGAGGUAAAUUCGAAAAUACUCUUUCCUCAAUGUAGAUGUAAACAGGUUACUGCGAUAGGAUCACUUUGGGUUCCUUUCUUUCUUAUGUGUGCAUUGCAAGAUAUUAAGAAACUGUUUCCCUCCGACUAUAUGCAGGCUUUAGAAAAGAGACAUGGAUGA